GACCACGGGGACCACCUCCGCAGCGGCCUGUCGCAGAGAGUCGGCGGCCCAUGCUGGCGGAGCUGCGCAGGCGCGGUACCUCGGCGCGCUCCCGUGCCUCGGCGCGCACGUCCUGUCGGAGUCGGUGGCUCGGGGGCGGGGCCGCCGUGGGCUCCGAGCCGGGGGAGCAGGGCCGGCGGCGGGAGGCCCGGUGGGAGGCGCGCCUUCCGCGAGCGAUGAGGUGAUUGCCCACAGUCAGUAUCAAAAGUCCAAAAGGAUUUCCAUCUUUCUGAGCAUGCAAGAUGAAGUUGAGACGGAAGAGAUAAUCAAGGACAUUUUCCGACAAGGCAAAACCUGCUUUAUACCGCGGUACCAGUUCCAGAGCAAUCACAUGGAUAUGGUGAAAUUAGCGUCAGCUGCAGAAAUUUCUUCACUCCCCAAAACAUCGUGGAACAUCGCUCAGCCUGGGGAAGAUGAGGUUCGGGAGGAGGCCUUGUCGACAGCCCACCCCUGGCAGAUGCCUGAUCCAGACGCAUUCAGAAUACCCAGCCCGUUCCUGGGACCGCCUGUCAGCUCCAGUCGGCCAAGCCAGCCAGAUCCACGCAGAUUACCCUCUUGGCUCUCCUCGGGCGGGUCCAGCGCCUACCUGGGCACCACGCCCUGGGACCCUUGUGGUCAGCAUCUGCUCCAGCCCAGUGCCCGGUCAGGUGGGCCCGGAGGCGCGGCAGCCACCUCCCUCGGCCUGGCCAGCUGUCUGCAUCUGCCCACCUCCUGGGUCCAGAGAAGACACUCUUCUUUCAGGGGGACGCCAUCCUGAUUCUUCACUCCAAAGGUAGGAACGUGCUAAGACACCAAAGACAGAGCGUUUUCAAAUGCUUUCUCUGUCCCUUAAUGUCCCACUCAGGACAGUGGCAAAGCCUGCAGGGGUCACUUGCCCCAUUAUCCAUCCGUCGUAAAGGACAUGUCACUCCCUACACUUAAGUCAUCCUGGGGCCCCGGCCUGGGGGUCUCAUGGACAAACACAGUCAUAGAUCCACAGCCCACAUGCAGGCUCUGGGCCGUGACACGGCUUCACCUCCAACAGGGGGAUGUGUUCGUGCCCCCUCUGUUGCCAGGGCAGAAACGGUGGUCCCGGCGAUACCAAACCUCAACUCUUUUACAUGACCAAGGGCAGCUUUCGGGCUUGGGCACAAUCCCAGCUCCAUCACGUCGCUCACCACGGGAGGCCUGGAUUAAUCUCUGUUAUGAGGAGAAACGUUAAUAGCAAGUAAGCUUAAUUUUUGGACAAAGAGAGACUCUCGCGGUGUUUGGGGGAAUCCUCUGCUCCCUUCUCUCUCCCUGCGGUGACUGUGACUUACUGGAGGCACGUGCAGACCCUGGCUUAGCUUUUUUCAUGGGAUCAGGGCCUAUAUUGCUUCCAUUCCCCCUGGGGGGAAAAUAAGUGCACUUAAGAGACAUAAGUCAUCCUCAUCGUUAGCAAAUUCUAAAGCGAGUGUGUACUGGUGGGGCCACAGAGG